GGAGGAUGCCGAUCCCCGCGGAGGCAGGUCCGAACCUCCUCCGCCGCCGGAAGGAGCACUCGAUCCUCUCUCAGACGUAUUUUGGACUUGUCGGAGAUUUGCGAAACAUGAAUAUUCCUUGAGGUCAGAUAACAUUACCGGAGCAAUGGAAUAAUUACAUCUGAUAUAUUUAAAUCAAAAGCAUCCUUUUUGAAGGUUAUGGUCACGUGCUAUAAAAGAUGUAAACAAAACUGCUUUCGAAGACGGCUUCCUAUUGGUCGAGCUCCGCCUCCUCGCCGCGUGAUUGGCUGAGGCGACGGCCGCGCGGUGAAGAUAACAACAGCUGUGUUUACAAAUACAACUCGUCGUUGCCAUUCUGCGACGUCAAUUCACAGCACUUGAAAACACUUUUAGAUUAUCAUGUUUACGUCGUAUCAGGAAAGAAAGUGUUCUAGGAUGAUGUGGGUUUUGGGCGUGUUGUUUUGCCACCUAAUUGCGGUGAGAGCAAGCUGUGAUAUUGAUAAAUCCGUCAUCAACCAGACGGAGAGGAACCUUCAGACCAAUUUGCUUCAGAAACUCAAACCAAUUUUUGGCGUGAGUGCCAAAGACCUUACAGAUGUGAAUGGAAAUAAAUAUGAGUUCACAGUGUGCGAGGGUGUCAGUGGACAGUCACCUGAUGUGGGAAUGGUCAUGACGAAAUCUGGUAACAAGCCAGUUGUGCUCGGAAAGAACAGCAGGGCCCUAGUCUCAAGUCAAGAUAACUGGCUGAUGCUUACCUUGCUUGGUGGCGAAAACUACACCAGCUCUUGCAACAAAGAAGAGCGGAAAGCACAUAUCAUGUUUGUGUGUGAUCGCCAUCAAGCUGAGUUGGAAAUUCACACUGUUGAGAUGCUGAACAUCAGUUCUUCAUGCUACUUGCUGUUUGUUGCUGGACACAAAAGCAUCUGUGCCCCUACACCUGAAUCUGGCCUUAGUGGAGGAUCAAUCUUUCUCAUUAUAGUUUUGGUGACAUUCUGUGCCUAUUUCACCUUUGGUUUCUUCUACCUUCGGUUAGUGCGUGGAGCAAAGGGUAUCGAACAAAUUCCCAACCGUGAAUUCUGGUUUUCAGUUGGUAACAAACUGGCCGAUGGUUGUGGUGCUGUGUGUCGAUGUGACCAGUACUGUGGUGCUGGAAGACCCCCAAGCUCCUAUGAUGGGUAUUCACCCAUUGAGGAACGUUUGGCACAGGACCUUCAGAAUACAGACAGAGACUCAGCUCUCCUUAGUCCUUAGAAAAAUACUAUCUCUUUAUUGUGUUUCAGAGGUAUUAGUUAGAAUUCCUCAUUUGAAGGAUUGAAAAUUGUUAUUUUCCAUUCAGGAUGUUGGCACAGAAUUAUAGCAAUAUAAUAUGAAUAAUGUCAAAUAUAUUGUGCAUAUAAAAAGUCAAAAGCACCACCUAGUCUUUCGAUUGCAUAGACAUAAUCUCCCCUCAUCUCUGAGCUCAUAAAUACCUGCUGACUGGGAAAUAAGGAAUAAAGCUGAUGAGCUCUUAAGAUGUGCUCUAGAUUUCCUUAGUGCACAAGGCUGAAAGGAAGUGCUAAAUAUUAGGGAGAUCAAUGCAAGGAAGGAAAUAAAUUUGCAUACAAUUACAAGCUAACUAUAAAUUUGGGUAAGACAAAAAAAUGAGAGACAAAGACCUUAAUGUGUCAAAACAGAAAUAGAACAGAAAGAUAUGCAAAUUGAAAAUACAUAUAUGUAAAGAAAAAUAUGCAUACAGCUGGUCCUUAAUAUUAUUCACCAACAUUUUGUUAAUGUGUGCAGUAAAUGUUGCUAGUGUUAAGGAAAGUUUACAGGUAGCCUCUGGAGUCACAUCGUUCCCCAGACACAGAUACAUCGUAACUAUUUAGAAUUAAUGAAAAUAAGUAUAGCUCCUAUGUGUGUAUGUAUAUAAUGCAUCUGUGUUAUCCCAGACUAUGCAGUAAUGAUCGUUUUAAAGACUAAAACUACAAUAGGGUUUAAAUCACACAGAAAAUUUCUUUUCACAAAAAAUACACAGAUAUGUGCAUAGUAUGUGGUGCAACAUAAAGCUGAUGAUCACAAUGAUGUAGCCACAGAUAAUGGUGCUGUCCACCCUUUAUGAAAGCGAGAGGAUGAAAAGAGAAUAUCCCCAUUCAGUGCUGUGUAUACCAAUAUUAAACAUUUUUUAUAUUUUAUAGAACUUUUAGUGUUGUUGUUUGUACUUUUACAGUUAUUUGUUUGUUUUUCCUACAUUUGAUUUUUUGUGUCUAUAUUUUAAUAUGUAAUUAGGCCAAGCCUGAGGCUAAUUAGAUUGGCAAAUUAUGAAGUUCAUGAAUGCAAAGGACUAACUGUCUAUGCAAAAGCAUACCUCAUUUUCAUUAACAGAAAAAGUAGAAAGAGAAGUGAUGUAAGAAAACAGGCCUCCAGUAUGAAUAAGGUAUAGACUAUGCAACCUUUGGUACCUCCAGAAUAUGAGAUACUUCCAUAAGGAAAAAGAGUAAACAUAUGAUAUUUUAUGCAUCUCUAUGAAUGUCUUCAAGAUGUCUGUGUGGAAAUAAUGCUUCUUGUAUUCCUGCUUAAUAUGCCAGUAUUAACAUGAAGAAUGAUAACUGAUCCUGUCAGAACAUCAGACAGUAGCAGUAGAAGGGUGUGAGGUUGGAGCAUGAGAAAGGAGCACAGUAGGGGAUAGGAAUAUGAUAGAAUAUCAGAUUCACCAGAAAUGAAAACUUGACCUACUUAGAAGAUAUAUCCAAGGAACCAAAGAAGAAAUGGGAAAAGGGUGGAAGAAACUGGAAGAUCAAGAUAAAGGAACAAAGAAUAGAAAACUUCAUAUGUUUACGCAAGACACCAAAAAGGGCAUCUGAAAUUAUGGAAAAAGUAAGCAGACGAGCAGGAUAAAUGUGAUACUACAAAUCCCUUAACAGAAAAGGAUGAAGAGCUGGAUAGAAACAGCUGUCUGCCAAAAUGUUGAACUACUAGCUACCCAGAGUGAAUGACAUAAAGUUAUGAGUAUCUUUGGAAAUUAUUCUAGCAUCAGAAUAAUGUAAUACUUCCAGAACUAUUAUUUUCAAUCAAGAAAUGACAUUUGUAAAAAGCUUACCUAUAAAAAAAGAAAAGAUUAUAUAUAAGGGAUGGUAAGAUUCAGAGACUUGAAGGGCAAACAGCUGAUUUGUUUACCUGUUAAGUAAUAUCACUCCUUGCUUUCACAUGGUUAACUAAGCACUGGGAGGACAGAGAAGUGGGGGACCUGAAAGGCAGUGUGGUGUUUAUCUCUUUUUAUCUUUUUGUCUUAGUGAUAUAAUUUGCUUGUGAUUUUUACCAAUCUCAUUGCUAAAAUAGGUGUGCCAACAUCCUGAAUAGCAACAAAUAUGGUCAUGGGGAAAGAUUUAUGAGUCAAUAUUUGGGAUUGACCAGUAUUGACCAGUUAUAUAAGGCUGCAUAACAAAAUUAUGUCAAAGAUCUACUUUCAGUAGUUUUCAGUAGCUUAUGAUUGAUAAUGUGCCUCCAUUUUUGCCAGUUUUAUUGAUGUAUUUAUCACUUUUUGAAGGCUUAAUUGUUAGCCAAAAUAUUUAUGUCAGCACUUGGAUCAUGUCUUUCAUGAGAGUUAGUCCAGAAUAUAUUACCUUGCAUUAUCCCUCCUUGUGCUUUACAUGUCUAUUUAUUGAAUUAGACAAUGAAGUGAGAUGUUUUGGGAAACAAUCCUUUUCCUAUGAAAUGGAAUUGCACUGAUGGGUCAGCAGACUGGUAUGGAAAUCUUUGUUUGUGUGCCACAUCAAAGGCUUUGUAAAAUUUAGGGUACAAUGGGAGAUGAUGUUACGUCCACUCCAUUGUCCUCCUCCCUCUUUUUCAAUUCCAAUCUCAGUCAUCUGUUACAUACACUUUAGUGAAUAGGAUUUAGGAGUUGGAUUUGUCUCAGUUUGAUAUAACUUAAGAUUAUUUAGGUCUGAUGUAUGAGAAAGUUUAAUGUUGUUGUGCAUAAUGAAUAAGAUGUCUAGCAAAAGGAUUAAGACAGAUGCAGAUAGAAUGAAACACAUUUUUAGUAGCAAGUUAAAUUGCACAAAUAAAUUGUAAAUUGUGUUAAUUUAGGGACUGAAAACAUAUUAGAUAAGAAAUUAAAGUAAUGACUUGCCUAAUAUGGUUGCUAAAAUAAAAUCACUUCUUUUUCUGAAUAAUUGACAGUCUCUUAAAAGCACUUUGUGUCAGUACUAAUAAAAAAGCAAAGGUAUUUUCAUUAUUAGAUUAAAUUUUCAAUCUAAUUAAGUGUAUAUACAUGAGGAAUAUACACAGGAAGUGUAGGCAUAAUAAUGAUGUCCGGACUCCAUUAAACACCACUUGAUUAUUAAGAAUUGGAGAGAGAAGUAGAUAUUGAAGUGAAUAUACUAUAGUCUAGUAAUGUUCUGUUUUACUGAUUUUUAAAUUAUUAUCAUUAUUUUUUAUUAGGCUUCAACAUAUUUUUGAGUACUGAGAUGAAAUUUAGAUUUUCUCUGGACAUUGCUAGCCUUAUUAUAUUAUUCAGACACUAAGUUUGGAUCACAAUAAAACUGAUGGAGUUAGUGAGGAAUAUUGUUGCAUAUUUUGGAUAUGAACAAGCAAAAAGUCUGGUUGGUGAAUCUGUGAUGUUCUAGCGAGGGUAAUAGCUUUAAUGACAAAAAAAAAAUAGUUUUAUAUUUCAAUAUUUUCAAGUGUUGUUAUAGGCUUUCAGAAUUUUUUCAUAUAAAUUAUGUGUGGUAAUAUUUUAACAGAAAUGAAUGUUGUAUUUUGUGUUAUAACACAGUUAAAAAUUUUAGAUGAAGUUAGAUGUCACUGCGACUGCUUAUUUUUUUGCACUUGUGUGUGAAGAUGUUAAUUACUAAGAUGUGAACCUUGUUGAUUAUAUAGACUUCUGUAACAACAGACUGCUAUGUUUUUUUAGGUAUUUGUUUUAUUGUUAUUCUUGCUCCCAGUAACCAUCCAUACAUGUGCCUUUAUUGAUGCAUUGAACAGGGAUAUGGUUAAUGUCGAUGUUCAAACUCUGUGUGAAAAAAAUACUUUAAUGCCUUUUCUGAUGGUGCCUGGCUUGAAAGACCUUCCUGAUUUUUCACUAUGUUUAAAUCUUCUAAACAUAGAUCAUACAUGAAAUCAGGAAUAUAUCAUGGAUAAAGGAAAAUAAAAUUCACUUUGAUUAGCCUGAGUGUAGAGAGAUUUAAACAAAUGAAAGAAGAAAGGAAGCUAUUUAAUCUUAAUUAUGAACUUCAAAAAGAUGAAAGAAAUUAAGUACUUCAUGUGCUCAUAGGAUAGGAAAAAUGCAUUGUUUGUUAGUUCAUUUCCAUUGAUAUUAUUUCACCUCAGAUCAUUCAUAUUUGCAUAUUUGGCAUAUAGAUGAUUGAAAAAAAAAUUAAAUUUUUUUUAUGGUUUCACUCAGUGUGCACACUUUCUUAGGAAUGAUAAUAGCCAUAUUUCAUCCUUUUAAGGUUAGGAACGAAUAUCUCAAUUCCCGUUGCAGGAAACAAAACAGGUCGUUAUGCUGGAUUGUAUUCAUAUUUCAUUUGUAUUUCCUCUAGUUUUGUGUUCACUCAUGGUAGAUUAUUAUCAUCUGUAAGUUUUCAAUGAAGUUAAGUAUAUUGGU